UGAAUUUGGAGGAAGAGUUUGGGGCAAAAAAUGUCAGGCAUAAGGUCACUUUCUGCACUGACGGUGCGGACGAGAACGUUGAACCAGAUAUGGGGAAGUCAACAUAGGCCGCCAGUAGGAAAGUGCACCAAUGCAUUGUUUCGACCCAUUGCAACUCCCGCAUUUCGCACCCUAAGUCAGAGAGCGACUCGUCUUUCUGUUCCAUGGACAGCGCCAAUUGCCCAAACGCGACGGAAUUUCUGGUCCUCCAAGACCAAGGAGGUGGAGGAACCUGUAGCUACCGCUGCACAGACCAGUGCCGUACCGACCCCACCGAGCUCCACAGACGCUAUUUCACCUCCAGUACCACCUACCGACGCAAUCACAACCACGACAAGCACAACCCCAUCCUUUCUCUCUGAUCCCACCCUUCUGGACGCAACCCUCCAACCAGCGCUAACAUCCAUAUCCCACCUGGGGGACCUGAAAACUCUUGGCCUCUGCAACUCCACUCCCGCAGGAUUAGCCCAGUCCCUUAUUGAAGCUGUUUAUGUCACCACAGGUCUACCAUGGUGGGCUACCAUCAUGGCGACCACCCUCUUGAUCCGAGUGGCUUUGACCCCUCUCAUCCUCCGCGUUCAGCGCAGUUCGGCAAAGAUGAAUAACAUCAGCCACAAGACCAAACCACUCCAGGACGAAAUGACCCGUCUGAGAGCUGAAGGCGAUAUGGUCGGAGCACAAAAGGCCCUGCAGAAAUUGAGGGAAGAAUACAAGAACGCGGGUGUUAACCCCUUGGGAGGGUUAAUUGCUCUUGUUCAAGCCCCAGUGUUCAUUUCGUUUUUCUUUGGCCUUAAGGGAAUGGCUGAGCUGCCUGUGCCUGGGUUUGAGACGGGGGGAUUGGCGUGGUUUGCGAAUUUGUCCAUCCCCGACCCGACCUAUGUGUUACCGAUUGUGGCGAGUUUGGGAAUGUUGGCUGUCAUGGAGCUUGGGGCAGAAAUGGGAACUCAAGUCAACAAUGCCCAAACAGCGACCUUUAAAAACGUUUUGCGUAUAGCCUUGAUUGGAUCCAUACCUUUCACAGCUCAACUUCCAUCGGCAAUUUUCAUGUACUGGAUCUCCACAAACGCGUUCACACUCUUGCAAACGUUUGCUCUCAAGAACCCGUCCUUCCGACGCUUGUGUAACAUUCCUGCGUUGAACCCAGUCGCCAGGGCUGUCCAGCACCAGGGAAUGGCACAGAUUCAGAAGCUGAGUUUCGCUGAGUCCAUGAAGAUGGUUAAACAGGCGGCUGAGGAGAGGAAGAAAAGGGAGGAGACUGCUUUAGAGGCUGCCAAAAAGAUUCGAACGAUUGGUGGAAUCAAAAGAAGGGUUUAAAGUGGUGCUGUGAUUGGGCAUAGAUGGUGGAUGGUGUAUAGAGCAUGGGGUGGUGUUCAUGGGCAUGAUCAUAAUCAUUAUUCUUAUCCUGUUACAA